AUGGCGGCAAGGCCUCUUUGCGCGCCCACCCUCGUCACGCCGAACAACGCAGGCAGUUCGUCACGCGGCGGAUAUGGAUGGUUUCGGGUUCCAAUCGAUGAGGAGACGGCCGCCGUCAUUGACAAUGCGUUUGCCGAAGCCAAGCAGUUUCUGUCGCGGCCUGAGGCCGAGAGACUGGCAUACACGCGAGAGCGCGCUCUGGAGCAAGGCUGCGCCGGCUUCACAUACCUCCCGGUUGGCGCCGAGCCGCUGUACGAUGCGGACGCCGCGACGACCCAGCGCGUGCACUCGCUCAACCUUCAUGAUUCUCUCUCGGCCGACGAGGUCGACGCCCGGCUGCCCGAUCAAACGCCGUCAGAUCGGGCCCUCGCGCUUUCCUACCACGCCUGGCCGACCGAGCCGAGCCUCGCGCCGCUGCUGGCGGCGGCGGCCGAGCUUCGUUCGCGGCUGCGUGACUCGCUGUGUGAGCCGCUGCUGCACGCGUUUGCGGCGCGCGCGGCUGCCGAGGAGCAGGCGAUGUGGGCGUUGCUUGGUGGCGAGGAGGAGAUGCUGGCGAGGCGGUGCCGCGGGGGGCGGUCGGACAACACCUCGCUGCUACGACUGCUCGAGUACCCGCCUUUGGAAGGCCAGGGCUGCAGCUGA